UGAAAGCGGGGUUGAGAGGAGUGAAAUGGGGGUGAUGGUGGCACACCCCCUUCCCACCACCCCCUGGCCUGGAUCAGCUCUUAGGCAGCGGGUGCGUCGUCUCUCGCCAGUCACACAGAGAAGCUCGUCGAGACAAGUCGUGGAUCCUACUGCUCUACUAGCCAGAAUGUUGCGAGUGUGUGUAGUGUUGGCGUUGCUGGUGGUGAUGGUGAUGGGACAGGGACGGGAGCUCAUCAGACCUGAUCCAAAAGCUUGCAAAAACCGUAUUAAGCACGCUGCCACCUUCAGGAACGGCCACUAUUACUUCUUCUCGUGGCUCCACGGACCCACGCAGAAGCACGAGCGUGAUUGGCUGGACGCCAGGAACAUCUGCAGGAAACAUUGUCAGGAUUUGGUAAGCAUAGAGACCCAGGAAGAAAACACCUUCGUGAAAAAUGCACUUGGAGAAGGAAACGUCAAGUACAUCUGGACCUCUGGUCGUAAAUGCAACUUUGACGGGUGCGACAGACCAGACCUCAAGCCUACAAUCAUCAACGGCUGGUUCUGGUCCGGCUCCAAUGGCCGCAUCCCCCCCACCAACUCCACCUUCGGCUGGAAUGGCGACUGGUCUCGCACUGGAGGUGGUAACCAGCCUCAGCCAGAUAACCGUGAGUUUGGGGAAAACGGAACUGAUGAGGCCUGCAUUGCCAUCCUGAACAACUUCUACAACGAUGGAAUUGUAUGGCACGACGUAGCAUGCCACCACGUCAAGCCUUGGAUAUGCGAGGACUCCGAAGAGCUCCUCGGAUUUGCCCGUUCCUUAGACCGUAGCAUUCCCUGAAGUGGCUUUUUCAGUAAAAGUUGCCUUCCCUGUUUCUUCCUUGCUGCUGUAAACUAAUACAUGCAUAUAUACACAUACACUGUCAUAUGUAUACACAUGCACUCUGCACUCAGAAGGAUAAUAAACAUAUCAGUUAUUAGGUCUGUACUACAAGGCGACUGCAGAUACACUCACGCCAGCAAUCACCAUUAUGUAAGUCUCCUCUUCCUACAGUACUUUAUAUUUCCUUAUUAUUUAAUCUUGUUAAAGAUCAUAUUUAAAUGGAUGAUUGAUCUAAAAAGCAAUAAUCGGCUGGACCCGGUUCAACCUCUGUGGUGUACAUAGGACUUUUAAAUUAAUAAUUUUGACCUGUCUGUAUGUCUGAAUAAACCAUUUAUUUAUAAAAAAA